UUAUAGCCAGAGAGAUUACUACUGUCCUCACACAGAGAUAUCAAAACUUGGAUCUGAUUCAUGUUCAAUUCCAAUCCAUUCGAAUUCUUCUUCCGGAGUUCUUAUCGAGUCCGCGAGCGAGAAUGAUUUCGUCGGUUUUGAUGCACACAUAAGCUUCGAGUGACCGACAAUUUCGCCGCCGAUUCGGAAUCACGCAGUCAAUCGAUUCUGCUCGGCUGCCUCAGUCAGAUCUUCGUCGGAGUUCAUGUACCAGCCACUCGUCUCAUCAGAAAUGGAAGCUGAAGAAUCAGAGGAGCCGCGGCCGGCUCGGCAAGGCCGGGUAUCGGCGUGGGGGAGAGUGGUGGCCUAUAGGACAAUGGCAAGAAAAACGUUCGAAAGCAAGCCGAUCUCGCAUUGGAUUCUCUUAUCUCUAAGCAGCGCAGCUAUGCUCGUGGCAUUCCCGGCGUCAUCUCUUCUGUCACGAGUUUACUAUUCCAAUGGCGGGACGAGCAAAUGGAUAAUCUCGUGGGUAGCCGUUGCCGGAUGGCCUAUUCCUUUACUUGUUCUGAUCCCUAUGUACUUCGUUGCGGGAAAUUAUCCGACUCCUCUGAGCGCAAAACUCGUCGUCUCGUACGUCGGGUUGGGAUUUUUAAGCGCUGCCGAUAACCUCUUGUAUGCGUACGGAUACGCAUAUUUGCCGGCAUCCACAGCUUCAUUGUUGGGAUCGACUUCUCUGAUCUUCUCAGCGCUCUUCGGGUACCUCAUAGUCAAGAACAAGAUCAACUCUUGCACGGUGAACUCAAUUUUCGUCAUCACCGCCGCGAUGGCUAUAAUCGCGCUCGACUCGGAUUCAGACAGGUACGGGAGCGUAACGGACGGUCAAUACGCGAUGGGUUUUGUAUGGAACAUUCUGGCGUCAUUUCUACACGGGCUUAUUUUUGCUCUGUCCGAGCUCGUUUUCGUCGAACUGCUCGGGAGAAGAUCGUUUCACGUCGUAUUGGAGCAGCAGGUGAUGGUGUCUUUCUUCGCGUUCGUGUUCACUACGAUCGGGGUUGUAAUAAACGACGACUUUUCGGGGAUGGUUUCCGAGUCGAAUAGUUUUGCCGGGGGUAGAAGUUCGUACCUCUCGGUUAUUAUAUGGGGAGUCAUCUCGUUUCAGCUCGGGAUUCUCGGGGCGACGGCUGUCCUGUUUUUGGCGUCGACUGUGCUGGCCGGUGUCCUAAACUCGAUCCGGGUGCCCUUAACCGCCGUUGCGGCUGUUAUACUGUUGAACGAUCCGAUGAGCGGGUUCAAGAUCUUGUCUUUGGUUAUUACAUUAUGGGGAUUUGCCUGUUAUAUAUACGGGCAUUACCCGACUAGUUAAGGCUCCUUGUAAUCGCUUAUCGGGCUAAAUAUCGAUGCGGGAAAGAGGUGUGUUCUUGCCGUAUGUAGAAUGUGUUUGCUCUAUUGGACAAUGAUACGAUUGUGUAAUAAAUUGCCUAUCCCAACUUAAAGUA